AUGUUGAUAUGCGACGGACCUUGCCAUGGUAUCGUGGACUAUACGAAGAUGAUGGAAUAUCCGGAUUGUGGUCAUAAAAUCUGUAAAUCGUGCCAGUACAACGAAAUGAGCGUUCCAAAUGCCGACGGGUCACCAGGUUGCUGUGUGCCGAUGUGUGUGCGUCAAACGCUCAUCAAUAGGGUACCGUAUGAAAAAUAUCGGCGUGAAGCUGAAGCAAAAGGUACACCAUUUAUUGGCGUCGCGCAAUCAUCAGCAUCCAUUGUGCCGGAAACAUGCUCUGCUGACACAUCCGGCAGAACGGCUCCCACCGAGUUACUUCAAGUUCGGAUUCUUAUACUGGAAAAGGUGUGCUAUUUUGAACUGCGUAACACGAAUGAGCUAGGAGUGGUACGACAGAAAAUGGAACUUGAAAUGCCAUCCGAUUAUCCUAUUGGAUGUAUUUUGCGGGUACUUCAAGAGCGAAUUGGUUCGAUAGAAGGAAUCAAGACCUACUAUACUAGUGUAAGCCCCAUCCGUGGUAAGCAAGAUCUGAAUGAGAUCACUAUCGAACCCGGCGAUAGAAAACCGCUCAGUCUUUUGUCGGGCGGUCGUGGUAUGUUGAAUAUUGUGGUUGCCAAACCUGGUGUGCAUGUAUUCAAGAAUGGCUAG